CCCGAAGACAACCGGAAGUUGAGUUUGUUUGUAGGCUAAGAUAUAUCCCUGACUUCCUGGUACGGUUCGGUCUGUUCCCAUUGAUUUUUCUAAACAUGAACCAUUAAACCUCCUAGAAGGUUCUGUUGACAUAUCAGAGGGCAGAACCGGAGGUUCGGUUCAGUUCUGCAGCAGACAUGUUCCAGCUGGGAACCCAUGGAUUAUUCCUGGCGGCUCUCAGCCUCGUUCCAGCCCGGAUCUCCUGCUCAUUUGGGUCGGUGCCAGACGUCCCAGAUAUUGCCGCUUAUUUCGGAACCAAGACCCGCUAUGAGGAAGUGAAACCGAACCUUUUGCGAGACCCUUUAACUGUCAACACCUCGAUACUGAGACCUCCGCCAGGUGAGCUUUGCACCCCGGUCCACCUGACCGCCGUCAUCAGGCAUGGCAGUCGGUACCCGACCGUCAAGAACAUCCGGAGGAUCCACAGACUGAGCGAGAUAGUCCAGAAAGAUGCAGCCAGAACCUCGGAGAGCUCCACGGUCUGGCUGCAGGAGCUCCGGAAGCACUGGGAGCAAUGGUUCACUGAGGACAUGGAUGGUCGGCUGGUGAGGAAGGGCAGGGAGGACCUGCAGCUCCUCGCCCGGCGGCUCGCCACUUUGUUCCCAUCUUUGCUGUCGGAGGAAAACAUGAGGAAGAGGAGAAUCAGCUUCGUCACCAGCUCUAAGCAUCGCUGUGUGAGCAGCGUGGAGGCAUUCCAGGACGGUCUGCAGCAGCACUGGGGUCGCCAAGAUGAGGCUCCAGGAUACAGCCAUGAGGUGGAUGAUGAGCUAAUGCGCUUCUUUGAGCGUUGCAGAGCUUAUGUGGAGGGCGUGGAGAACAACCGUACUGCACUGGCGGAGGUGGAGAAGUUCAAGCAUGGCGUGGAGAUGGAGGCGGUGCGGCGGAGAAUGGCUGAGAAACUGGGCCUUUCUCUGCACCUCCUCACACCAGACCUGGUAGAAGCUGCUUUCUUCAUUUGUUCCUAUGAACUGUCCAUCAAAUCCAUCCAUUCACCGUGGUGCUUCCUGUUUGACGAGAGUGAUGCCAAGGUGUUGGAGUACAAAUCUGAUCUGAAGCAGUUCUGGAAGCGCUCUCACGGUCACACCAUCAGCAGUCUGUCCAGCUGUCCGCUCUUCCAUCACAUCUUCAGGACCUUGGACAAAGCUGGCCGUCCUCGUCGAUCCACUGAUGCGGCUCCAGAACCGGCAUCCAUCUUGGUGGGACACGCUGAGACCCUCCUCCCCCUCCUCUCUCUCCUUGGACUGUACAAAGACCAGACUCCGCCUACAGCCAGCAACUACCAAUCACAGCAUGGGAGAAGUUUCCGAACCAGCCGCAUCGUUCCGUAUGCCGCCAACCUGCUCUUGGUUCUCUAUGACUGUCAGCGUGGCCCCCGGCUGCAGCUGCUCAUCAACGAGACGCCGCUGCGCUUCCCAGACCUGCAGGAGGAUGCACCGCUUUACAGAGACGUUCGUGCUGCAUACCGCCACCUGCUGGAUGGCUGUGACUUCCAAAGAGAGUGUGAGGGGAGACCUGAGGGCCGGGGGCCCAAUACCGAGCUUUGACCCCUGGACCCCCACCUUCCCGCUCGGUUAUGGCCUUAAUCCGCCUGCUGACACGCCCCACAGCCACGCAGACGGCGUCCUUUCAGAGACAUUUAAAACUGAGCAGGGAGACUCUUUCCUUUGGGCGGAGCUUAAAGGAUGAACCGGACUGUAAUCCAUGAGCAGGACAUGAUGAACAAACCCAGUUCUGUCCCAUUUUCAUUCUUCAUCCCCUAAUAUUUCUGAGGCCUUAAUGAGUUUUAUUUAAAUGGACUUUUAAUCUGGGUUUCUUUAUAAAGCUUUAAGCUAAUUUUUCCCCCAAUAUGGGUUUUAUUUAACUAUUCUUUUAUUUUGAUACGCUGGCUGCUCCAUGUUUGGAUGUAUACUUUUGGGUGAAAUGAUUUGUGUUUGAGCCAAAUAAGGUUUCAGAGCUUUUAGUUUGCCAAAUGUUUCAGAAUUAAAGCUUUAAUAAAGACACAUUUUCUGAUUAAAA